CCCAGAUUUGCGCAGGCGCAGCGAGAGCGCGGGUGGGCGGAGCUGGUCAGGAUGAGUAGCGGAGUGACCGAGGGGUCUGUGGGUUGUGAGGCCGUCCCGGCCGGCAGUGGCGGAAAGAAGAGGGAUUCGCUGGGGUCUGCGAGCUCAACGCACCUCAUUAUCAAGGAUCUUGGAGAGAUUCAGUCAAGGCUUUUGGAUCACAGACCAGUUAUUCAAGGUGAAACUCGUUACUUUGUAAAAGAAUUUGAAGAAAAGCGUGGUCUCCGAGAAAUGCGAGUUCUUGAAAAUCUGAAGAAUAUGAUCUGUGAGACAAGUGAGCACACUCUUCCCAAGUGUGGAGAUGCGAUGGAGAGUAACUUGAAGGACGUUCUCCAGAGAUUGCAAGCAGCAAAUGACUCUGUCUGUAGACUCCAGCAGAGAGAACAGGAACGAAGAAAGAUGUAUAAUGACCAUUUAGUAGCUAGUGAGAAGCAACAUCAGCUCCAGUGGGAGGCUUUCAUGAAAGAACAGCCCCACAGACGGGCUGAAGUGGACGCAGAGCACCAGACAGCUAUGGCAAGGCUCAAGGAGCACUAUACCAAGAUGGAGAAGGACCUCGCAAAGUUCUCAACCUUUUAAGAACUGAACCACAACAGUGACAGACAAACAAGAAAACACUGACUUCCGCCCAAAUACUUCCACCAACCACUUAGCCUCUGCUUCGAGCUCAGCAAUAUAUUCAGUGGCACUCUAUGUCAGAGGAAGCGACUUCUCCUGAAGCUGACAGGAUGUUCAGUGGAAGGAGAACGCUGUGUCAUUCCCGUUUAAGUGCCUGUAGGUGAUCGUGUGAAUCAGAAAUGUAGAAGGAAAAACGGGCUCAGUUUACUCUUCGUUCAUCAGAAUUGGUUUUCUUUCCUACUGUUUAGCUCAAAGAACUGUCAGUACAGACUAAUUCAUUCUUCUGCAGGAUUAUUAUUAGUGUAUUAUUGUGGCUUAAAAGACAGGUAGAAUAGCUGCUGUCAUAGCCUCCCUGGCUACAAGAGAGAUAAGAAUGUGUGAAAUAUUAUUCCAUGAGUAAUGUCAACAAACAGCCGGCCUUGGAGAAGAGAUCACACUUGAGAGGGGUAAGAGUCAAACAUUGUCUCCACUAUCCAAAGAUGGCCACGGUAGACUGUGAAUCACCUGUUAGGAGGGGUUACAGAUUUUGUAAUUCCAUGCAUUUCCCUGCGUGUUAACAUGCGUGUUAGGAUUUGUGGCCUUCCAGUCCUUGAUAUUUUCAAAAAUGUGCUUAGGACACAAAGUUUACCAAAAAUAUAUUUUGACUUUCAGCCUUUUUAAGAACUAUACUCUUGCUGAUGCUGUUUACCUCAUUUUUGUACCUAUUUUGCUGUGGGUAAGUGUAUAACAUAAAUAAUGUCUAUACAUGUUUCAGGUGUUAUAUGAGUGAUCAGCAAAAUCUGUCAAGGAGUCUCUCUGGAGCCAUAUAAAGAUUUUGGCUCCGAAUGAACCAGAAGUGUUCAUCCACAUGGCACAUGACCCAUAUUAAAUGUAAAUUCUUUUUAGUGUUAACGUCUGUGCUCAUAAGCAGGUGUAUUUUGAUGAAACGCAUACCAAUUCUGUCAUCACUGUGAUCUUUUAAAAUCUGCAUUUAGCAAUCUAAUGGAAAAACUAAGUUGAUUUUUUUUCUUCGCCAUAAACCAAGAGAAAGUAAGUGCAAUAAUUUCAAGAGAUUUAUGGCAAAUUAAUUUGUGGUGUGGGUAAAUCUAAUGUUUUUAUUGCUCUUCAGUAAAAGAAGGCAUAAGAAAGAAAAUGUCCCAGUUCUUGUGUUAUCUCAGCAUUGCAACUGCAGAAAAUUGACAAUGCUUGCCUGUGUGAAUUUAUGGCUUACUGUCAAAGCUUCAUUCUUGGCUGCAUGUUGAAACUGUGAUUAAAGUUAAUAGAAGAGAUGAAAUAAGUAUUUGAGAUUUCUUUGAAUAACACUGAACUUCUGCCAACUUUCUCUGUCUGCUACUGUAGCCUUGACAGGUUCAUCAAUCAUCCUCUGGUACCUGGACGAAAAGAGCACUUGCUGACACUAAAGCAUGUUGGAAUUUUCUUAAUUCUCUUUCAGUGGGUGGAAAAAAAUACUUCCAAAAAUAUCCCAUGCAUGAAAAAGGAGGGGAGCCUUAAAUGAAAAUUCCCUUUGUAUUAUAGGACCAUUUUGGAAUGCCAUUAAUUACCAUCACACCAUGAGUGUCCAGGGGCUUCCCAGACCAAAGUAAAGUUGAGGGUUUUUUAAGCCUUAAAUAUUAAAAUGUUCAAUUCUUUCUUUGUAACUUUGUUAGAUUGUUAGAAUUCAUAUACCUUCUAAAAGGGUCCAUUUACCUCCCUUUUGCUGUUUUUACUGCUGAACAUGUUCACUUUUGCUUU